AUGAUCCAUGAGUUAACAAAACUAGCUCCCGGGAUGUGGCUGUUUCCGAAAAAUUCCGAGCAUUGUUGUAUCUACAGAGUCCCUGAAAGACUGCGUAGAGUAAAUCCAGAAGCAUAUACACCUCAAUUACUUCUCAUUGGACCUCUUCACCAUUCUUUAAAAUCUCAAGCUCUCAAGUCUCUUGGAGAUAUCACAUACACAAAGUCGAUGGGCUACUUAAACAUGGAGGAACAUAAGAAGAUUUACUUAGUGGAAUUCGCUCAAAGGGUUGAUGGGAAAGAAACCAUUGAUGGAUUCAAGAGACUAAUCGAAGAAGACGAAGAGAUAAUAAGGGCAAGCUAUUCGGAAUCAACGGCUUGGAUUGAAUCUUUAGAGUUUGUGAAAAUGAUCUUACACGACUCUGUUUUUAUACUAGAGUUCCUUUUAAGGACUUACCACAAAGGAGCAAGCAUUGAGAAAACAGAGGAUAUUUUAAUGGACGAGCCAUGUCUUCAAAACACGGUCCACGAAGACCUCACAUUGCUUGAGAAUCAGCUUCCUUACUUCAUCUUUGAAAAACUCUUCGAUCCUGUAAUCAAAAGACUCCACCCGAACAUGACAUUCCGCAAAUUAAUCAUCACUUACUUUGGACUCCAAGGUAAAAUCGGAAACAACUCCAAGUUCAAACAUUUCACAGAUCUAUUUAGGUGUGUCAGAAUGGAGACAAUAGGGUCACGGGGAUCAGAGAUGGAUUCAAGGAAUAAAGGAGAUGGGUUUAAGAACAUCGAACAAAUGUAUAACGCGGAUAAGCUAGAUAGUGUCGGAGUGAAAUUCGAAGCCGUNGAAGAUGAGUUUUCGUUGGAGGUUGGAUUUGUGAAUGGUUGUUUGAAGAUACCAUGUUUUUGGGUUCGUGAUGAUGUGGAGAUGAAAUUGAGAAACAUAAUGGCUCUUGAGCAAUGUCAUUAUCCUUUCAACGCUUAUGUAUGUAACUACGUCAUGUUCUUGGAUUUCCUCGUGGACACCGAUAAAGACGUUGACUUGCUUGUCGAAAAUGGGAUAAUAAAGAAUUGGAUCGGACAUCAAAGUUUGGUGGCGGAGAUGGUGAACAAGCUCUCUUUAGGAGUCGUCGAGGUUGGUUCAUACUAUUCUGAUAUAGCGUUAGAAGUCAACGCUCAUUAUGCAAAUCCGGUCAACAGGUCACGAGCCGUCUUAAUGCGCGUGUAUUUCGGUAACCUAUGGACAGGUACGGCCACAGUCGCCGCUACGUUUCUGUUGCUGAUGACUCUUGUUCAGACCGUGGCUUCGAUCAUUCAGGUGUUGCAAAACGCUUAA